AUGGCACAACUUUCGGAAUCAAUACGGUACAAGUCAACGCAUGACCGACUAUCAUCUCUUCCUGGUGAGCUCCAGCUCCAGAUCGCGGAGCAUCUCAACUACUCUGAUCUCGUUCGUGUUCGGAGAGCAUCACAGGCUUUGAGACACUGCUUCGCUGACCCUGCGGUUCGAUUGAUUGACGAGAUGUCAAAGGCUUGGGUCGAGAUCGAACGCAAAUUUCAGGACUGCUAUUUCUCCGUGGAUAUGAAUUCGUCGUUGUUGGGACUUGAUGUCAAUGGCACAUCCAUUGUACAACAAGUAGAGGAGUACGCCAUAGAACGUGGCUUCUCUAACACAUUAGUUCGAUGGCUUGUGCGUCCCAGUCUCUACCACUUCUCUUGUUCCAAGUGCCAUACCGUGAAACCUUGGACGAAUUUCCCGACCGACAGCCUGCGUCGUACAUUUCCUUUCAGACCGUACGCAAAUCCUUUGAUAACCCAACAAGAUUACAAGAUGAUGCUAGAAUCUAUGACUUGUGGAGCUUGUACCGCAGCGGAACAACCUCACGCAUACCACAGUCUUGGUCUCCGCAACGGAACGAGUUCAAUUAUCAAAUGCCACAGGUGUCUCACAAUCAAGCAGGCUCCCAACGCUCUCUCUUUCAGGCUCCGUUUCUCCGGAUUCUGCCAACAGUGCUUUGGGGAGGUCCAUCAGGACUGGUUCGAGUACAAGAGCUUUCUACAGGACUGCCUGGCCAGAAUGGAAGCCUACGAGAAGGGCGAGGACAUGGAGUCGUUGUCGUGGAGUGGAUUUCCCGAGUGCCCUGUGCCGGCCGAGUUUGUAGCCGCAUUGAACAGCCCGAAUCAUCGACCUCUGCCCAGCUACACACAGAUCGUCCUCGCUCAACUCUCUCUCAGAGCGGCCAAACUCCGACUUCGUGACCUCUCGCUGGGACAAGAUGCUCCAGACCUCUCUGUUCCAGAAUCAACAGAGCCGUGA